AUGAAACUUGAAAUCUCUACUACAGAGUCGAGCAUCAUCUCCAACUUUUUCUCCAAUUACCCUGAAAUCAAGCAACUAGAUUUUCAUAUUCUUCCUUUGAAUACUUCAACUUCCAACAUUAGUGAUCCUUUCAUCAGACAAAUUGAUGCCAUUAGUAACUCACUUCACCAGCUCGGCCCUCUGAUAUAUUCUUUGAAUGAACCAGUUUCUGCAAUUGUCUCCGACUUUAUUAUUGCAUCUAGUCUUUCACAAGUUUCUACAAAUCUGAACAUUUCUCUUUACAUUAUCUCAACAACAUCAGCUAAAUUUUACACUACUGUAGCUUACCUUCCAGUACUGUUGUCCGACAAUCCUGCUGCAUUUAAAAACCUUUCGAGCAGUCUCAAGAUCCCAGGUUUAGGAUCGGUUCCAAAAUCAAGUGUCCCUUGUUCAUGGCUGGAUGAUUCACCAUCAAACUAUGUCUUGAAAGCCUACUUGCUGCCAAAUGCUCGAGCUCUCCCUCAAGUGACCGGUGUAUUUCUGAACACCUUUGACUGGUUUGAACCAGAAACAAUUGCUGCCCUCGAUGAAGGAAGAGUAACAAGUGCUCUUCCACUUGUUUUACCUGUUGGUCCUGUGGGAAAUAACAAGCUAGGAGAAGACAAUCAGUGUCCAUGGUUUGCUGAACAACCUGCUGAAUCGGUUGUUUAUGUUAACUUUGGAACUACAGAGCCGAUUUCUUCACAACAAUUAAGAGAAAUAAAAAAAGGACUAGAGAUAUGCGGAUAUAAGUUUCUAUGGGUGCUAAAAGAAGAGCUUCUGGAGUUGUUUGGAAGUACACUCCUGGAGGAGAUGGAAAAGAAAGGGAAAAUAGUGAAAGCAGGGGAGUAUGAGGAAGCCAUUAUAGAACAUCCAGCCAUUGGACUUUUCGUGAACCAGUGCGAAUGGGAUUCAGUGAUGAAUGCAGCUUGGUCAGGAGUACCAAUGCUGGCAUGGCCACAACAUGGUGAUCAAAAGUUGAAUGCAGAAGUUGUAGAGAAGGCUGGAUUGGGGAGGUGGGUAAAAGAAUGGGGUUGGGGCGAGGAAAAUCUAGUAAACGGUGAGGAGAUUGCAGAGAAGGUGAAAAACUUUAUGGGAGAUGUUGAAAUGAAGGUUAAGGCUAUGAAAGUGAGGGAUCAGGCCAGAAAGGCCAAGGAAAUCGGAGGGAGCUCCGAGAAGAGGCUCAGGAAAUUCAUCGAAAUGUUAAAAGCAGAAGAAAAAUGA